GAGAAAACAGCGGUAAUUGCAACUGAUACGACAAAUGUUAGUGCUUAUUCAGUCGAAAUUACCAGAGACGUCUGACAGUCUAGCUGUCACUGAGCUGGGUUAUUAGUAUGGGUUAAACUGCUGAGGCUGCUGAAUGGCAGCAGGGUGUGAAGAGGUCCACGCAUGCAGCGAGGAGGAGCAGGACGAGGCGGCAGAUGCUGAGGAGGCCAUGCUGUGGCCCAUCCAGGAGGCCCUGGAGAGACAGACCCUGCAGAUCGGGGCCUCAGCCUGCGGGGCCACGGCCGUGGUGGAUGUGCUGAGGGCCCUGGGCGUGGAUGUGACCCCCGAGAGAGCCGACCAAUGUGUGCGAACGCGACUGAGGAGGAACGAUUCACCGCUGCCCGACUACCUGCUGUCCCGGAGCCAAGCAGGGGCGACUCACACCCAACUCAUCCAAGGAGCAGAAGAUGCCAGUCAAGGUCAGGUGACGGGCCGCUUCUUCCACUUCCACCCUCGCCGCCGGGCGAAGCUCGUCCCCUGGCUUUCUAAGUGGAUCCGAAAAGGUGCUGUUCCCGUGGCAACCAUGAACAUGCAAGUUGCCGUACCAGAGGGCGAGGAGGUGCCCGAUGCCUGGCACCAUCAGCUCAUAUUUGGUGUAACGUCCAAUGCUGUUUUUAUGACCAACCCGUUAGAUUUAGUAAGUGAAGAGGAGGUGCAUCAGAGACUCUGCAGUGAAUCUGUGCUGCUGAUUCAGCGACAAGACGUCUUGCAGAGAUUGACAUCUGACUGCUGUCUGUCCAGUCUGUCUGAGAGCCACACUGACCCACGGUGGAAAGCCUUAGAUGUUGAGGGUCAGGUGAGACAAAUGGCCCUCGAAGAGGAGCAGGAGCAAGAUCGAGCCACGUUAACGCACAUCACAAUCCCUGCAGCAUACAGCUCAGGCAUCACACUCUUCACCCUGCGACACACAGACUUAGGUCAAGAGCUCCUCAAUGCUCCUCAACUCCCUCUGGCGUGACUGGACAAGCACACAAGGACUCGACUUAUUUAUUUUAAUUCAAAUAAAAAAAUGUAAUGAGACCUAAAGACUAAGUGUUUAGCAUCAGUACAUUUCACAUCCGUCAGUGACCUUCACCCAACCAUUUAAUAAAUAGCAGCAAUAAAAGGACAUUAUGACCUUCAA